AUGGCCAUGCUGAUGAUGGAAAACUCGGAGCCGGCAAUGCAACUAGAGAACCAGCUGUUUGCAUUACCGGCCACUCUAACGGAUCGGUGGCGCACUGAGCACGAAAAGCUCAGUCCCACGACUAUCUUAACGGACAACGGAUCGGCCGGCGACAUUAAUUUCUUCGUUCCACCCAGCACAUCUGGACUACUCAGUUUAGCGGACAUGAUCCUGGAACUGGAAGUGGGUAUUAAAGUCCGCAAGAGCACUGGGGAAUGGGAACUGAUUACAACGGCUGAUGGUGUGGCACCAGUCAACAACAUUCUGCACUCACUGUUCUCUUCAUGUCAUGUGACGGUGGCCAACCGGUUGAUCUCGGAUGCCGCCACCUUUUAUCCGUAUCGCGCCUACCUGGAAUCUCUUCUGUCCCACUCUCUUGACGCCCAACAAAGCCAACUGACAUCUGCCGGUUUCUAUUACGACUCUCCGGGCUCCUUCAACAGUGAAACCGCAAACAAUGGUGAAAAAAAUCGAACGGCGUUAUUUAAUACCGGACAGUACGUACAGCUUUCCGGCAAACUAUUUUCCGACCUAUUUGACCAGAGCAAGCCACUGUGCACCGGUGUACCCGUCAACAUUCGCCUUGUGGUUAGUCGACCGGAGUUUGCCUCACGUGUAUGGGACACGGAUACCACCAAGACAUUUAAACCGUUUAUCCGUAACGCGCGUCUUACGGUUCGCCGAUACAUUCCGUUUCCGGACUUUCUGACCGCCGUAGCCAGAGAACUCCUAAAAAAAACGGUCAAGUACCAUAUCGAACGCGUGGUGAUGCGCGUAUCGGACAUUCCCCAACGAACACAAAGCACCGUGGUCAGCAAUUUGCAGAUUGGCCAAAUCCCCAAAGUCAUCUUUAUUGGUUUUGUGGACAGCGAAGACUUUCACGGAUCGCAAAAGAAAAAUCCUUUCAACUUUCAACACUUCAAUAUUUCACAAAUCAGCGUCGAAGUGGACGGUCAGAGUUACCCCACAAAACCCUACACUGCCGGUUUCGAUCACAAAUUGUCUCUGGAGUGCUACGACGGGCUUUUGGACACUCUGGGACACCGACCCAGCCUGCAAGGCGGCCUGCCUUUCAACCGGACCCAGUAUAACGACGGAUAUACUAUUUUCGGUUUCGACCUGACUCCAGGACAUACCGGCCGUGGACCAUUGACCCUGAUAAAGCAAGGAAACCUUAGUGUCUCCGUGUCUUUUGGGAAACCACUGAAAAGUACCAUUAUGAUGGUGUGUAUGCUGGUCUAUGACAGCAUUAUUGAAAUCAACCAGCAUCGACAGCUGAUUGCGGACUUUACAACAUGA